GCCAUGCAAGAAGGCGUCCGUUUUGCUUCCUCGGGAGAGGACGUGAAGAUAUGGGAUUCCUCGUCUGUGACUGUGGUAGAGCAGUUCAACCCGCACACGCCUGCCCAUGCAGUGAGCUCGCUGUGUUGGGCCAGCAACAAUAGCUUCCUGGUUACUGCCUCUGCCGUUGGUGAUAAGAUAGUUGUUUCAAGCUGUAAAAGUAAACCUAUUCCGCUUUUUGAAGUAGCCGAAGGGGCGAAACAGACGUGUGUGGCUUUAAGUUCCAGCUGUUUAUACAUUGCGAGUGGAGGCCUCGAUAACUCUGUUAAUAUCUGGGAUCUGAAGUCCAGGAGACUCCACCGUAGUCUCAAGGAUCACAAAGAUGAAGUCACGUGUGUUGCAUAUAAUUGGAAUGAUUGCUACAUUGCUUCUGGAUCUUUGAGUGGUGAAAUCAUUUUACACAGUGUUACAACCAAUUUAUCAAGUACUCCCUUUGGUUUUGGCAGCCGUCAGCCUAUUCGACACCUGAAAUACUCCUCCUUUAAGAAAUCUCUGCUGGGCAGUGUUUCCGACAGUGGAGCUGUAACUUUGUGGGAUGUGAAUAGUCAGAACCCAUAUCAUAAUUUUGAAAAUACUCAUAAAGCACCAGCUUCAGAAAUCUGCUUUUCUCCAGUCAACGAAUUGCUGCUUGUCACUGUAGGUUUGGAUAAAAGAAUUAUUCUCUAUGACACAUCAAGUAAAAAAUUAUUGACAACAAUAGUAGCUGAAUUUCCUCUGACAACGGUAGAUUUCAUGCCUGAUGGUACUACUUUGGCUAUAGGAUGUUCCCGGGGAAAAAUCUACCAAUAUGACUUAAGAAAACUGACAUCACCAGUAAAAACAGUUAAUGCUCACAAAGGCUGUGUGAAAUGCAUACGUCUUCAGUACAGUAGCACUUCCUCCAAGUCUAACCUUAAGGGUUCUUCAAAUAAACCUUUAUCCAAAAGAGCAGAAGUCAAAUCUGGUAGUAAUCUCGGAGGAAUUCAAAAUAUUGGCAUAAAAAAUGCAACUUCUCAUACAUCAGCAGCAGUUUCACCUCAUCUUGCUCUGCCAAAUGAGAAUAAAGGAGGAGAUGUUUUUCUGGACAAAACAGGCUUUCCUCGCAGCAGUAGCUUGGAUGUGAUUCCAUCUAAAGAAACAGAUCAUGGGAGAAGUACUGACUCGAGUAAUCUUGAUGAUUUGAGUCGCAAUAGUUUAGGAGAUAUAUUUUCUCCAGUCAGAGAUGAUAUUAUUUCAAGUAAAGCAAAUGAAGAUCCUCCAGGAAAAGGAGAUGGUCUUGAUUUUCAGUCCUACCUUUCGGGUUUGGAUUUUCUCCCACAGCUCCCCACUGCCUUCCCAGUAAAAAGAAACCCAGUUGUCAGUAGUGCACAAGGGAUACGGUCUAGCCCGUUACAUGUAUUUGUGGCCUCUCCGAUUAAAGAAGAGGAAGAACAUACAAAUCCAGAGGCCGACACUAAGAAAAUAAAUCUUGGAAAACAAGAAUCUGCAGAAGCUGUAAAGCAGCUUCCAAAACUGAGCUCUUCAAGUGCAGAAUCCGGAACUUUGAGUCCUCCGCUAUCCUCCACUGCUAUAAAGACUCCUGACACAAAUGAGAAAUUAGUAAAGAAUAUUCAGGCCAGUCUUGCGUAUGAUCUGCCACUAAAUGGCACUACCUCAGCAAGUCCAAAGAUAACAUCGCCUGUCACAGUUGGAGUUGCCAGUUCACUGUCAGAAAAAAUAGUAGAAACCAUUGGGAGCAACAGACCAAAUGCACCUUUGACAUCAAUACAAAUAAACUUCAUUCAGAACAUGAUACAAGAGACGCUGGAUGACUUCAGAGAAGCAUGUCAUCGCGAUAUUGUGAAUUUGCAAGUGGAGAUGAUCAAACAGUUCCACAUGCAGCUGAAUGAAAUGCAUGCCUUACUUGAAAGAUACUCUGUAAAUGAAAGCUUAGUAGCUGAAAUUGAGAGAUUACGAGAAGAAAACAAAAGACUGAGGACUCACUUCUGAAAGAUUCACACUGCUAAUUUUAUUAGCAUGAACUCACUACAUCUUGUUGCUUAUGACAGAUCAUCCGUCAUCACUGAAACAU